AUGGUGUCGUUCAAAAUAUUCCGCCGCAAUGCAGCGGCAAACUCCGAUUUUCGAUCCCCGGAUGAGAAGGCCCUAGUGCGACGUCUGGACAUUUUCUUGAUGACCUUUGGCUGUCUUUCACAGGUGAUCAAAUAUCUCGAUCAACAGAAUAUCAACAAUGCCUAUGUCUCUGGCAUGAAGGAAGAUUUGCACUUGGUCGGGAAUGAGCUUAAUUUAUUCACAACCUAUUUCAACGUCGCAUAUUGUAUAAUGCUCAUCCCCUCACAAAUCAUCCUCACCUAUGUGCGACCAAGUUAUUGGCUCCCUGGGUUGGAGAUCUGCUGGGGUGUUCUGACCGGGUUGAUCGCAAUGGCAACUCACGCAAAACAGGUAUAUGUCCUCCGCGUAUUCCUCGGUCUAUGCGAGAGUAGCGCAUGGCCAGGCAUGAUGACCCUAUUCAUGUACUGGUACACGCCAACAGAGCUAGCCAAACGCAUGGGCUUCUACCAUUCCUGCCAAGCAGUCGGUCAGAUGAUGUCCGGCGCAAUGCAAGCGGCAAUUACAAAGACGCUGCACGGCCACGCCGGCCUAGAGGGCUGGCGCUGGCUAUUCAUAAUCAACGCAAUCAUCACUGUAAUCUGGGGCUUCGCCGGCUUCAUCAUGCUCCCCGAUCUGCCCGACCGACCUAACCCGCGCGCAUUCUGGUUCAAGAAAGUGCACGGCGAGCUUGCACUGGAGCGUCUUGCGCGCAAUGGACGUGCAGAGCCAAAGAAGAUGACAAUCGCUGGUAUCAAGCGCACUUUCUCUGGAUGGGUUGUGUAUUUCAUUUCGAUCUUGUAUAUCGCGACCGUCCUAGGGACGUAUGGGUACUGCUAUUUCGGGCUUUUCUUGAAGGCGCUGACGAAUCCUGACGGGAGUCCCAGAUGGACUGUCUCGGAUGUCAACGCUAUUCCUAUCGGGGGCUCUGCGAUUAACGUUGUCUUUGUCUGGAUCUGGGCUCUGCUAUCGGAUUACUUUGAGACGCGCUGGUUGCUCAUUGUUGCCCAGGCGGUUAUUGGGAUUAUUCCGUGCAUUAUCAUGAGUAUCUGGACGAGACAUCCAGCAUCGGUUGCGUUGUCCGCUGCUUACGCUUCAUACUUCAUCUCAUAUAUCGCUCUUGGGACGGCGCCGCUGAUCUUUGCCUGGCUAUCCGAUCUCAUUCCGCAGGACCCAGAGGCUCGGUCACUCACUGUCGGUGUGGCUGUCGCCGGGUAUUAUGCCAUUUCUGCCUGGUCGCAGGUCCUCGUCUGGCCUGCUUCGCAAGCUCCGUUCUAUAAGUACGGAUGGCAGUCUGCUUUGGCUUUGUUGGUUCUUGUGAUUAUCAUGACAUGCAUCCUGAGAUAUGUCGAUGUAAGGUACCUUCUACCGAAGCGCGAGGAGUUCCGCGAGGUGCUGGAGGAUGAUAUCAUCGCCAGCAAGGCUGCUGCGUCGGCGUCGGCAGUAUCUGGUAAUCAGACCGAUGCCCACAAACGGCAAGAUGGGAGCUCGAAAGCCUCGGUUAAAGUGAAUGUGGAUGAGGUUUGA